AUGACUCUCUUCAUCACAAAGAACAUUCAACUGUGCUUUUAUGGCAUAUUUCUCUUGUGGGUUGCCAUCUCAACAAGUCUUCAAUCGACAUGGCAACACAUAAGUGGAUCAUCAUCAUCAUCAUCAUCAAACGGAGACAUUCCGAUGCUACCAGAUCUUAACUUUGUCCAGGAUGAUGGUGGUGAAUUUCGGGUUCUGCCAACCGACAAGGUGAUGAUACAAGAUUGGUCCCAAGACUGGGACAAUAGUCCGAUUGUGAUUGAAGAAUACAAGCUUUUGUUUUUCACUGUUCCAAAAGUGUCCUGUACCUUGUGGAAGCAGCUAUUUCGAAGAAUAAACGGCUUUGAUGACUGGAAAAGUCAAGACUACAAAAAGUAUCUUCCGCAUAAUCCGAAGUACAAUGGAUUGACCUAUCUCAAUCAACUCAAUAGUUCCUAUGCGACACAAAUCUUUGAGGACCCAACUUGGACCAAAGCUAUCUUUGUACGAGAUCCCAAAGAACGCUUCUUGAGUGCCUUUCUAGACAAGGCAGUCAGUAAUGACGGAGUCUUUGUGCGGGACAAGUGUUGUGCCAAGACACCCGAACUGCGGGCGACCUGUCGUGGAGAUGAGUCGUGUCAAAAGUGCGUCUCGGAUGCCCUCACCAUACCUGGAUUCCUCAAGACGAUUGAAGGCUGUCACGAGGCACACUGGGAUUCCAUGUACGAUCGAUUGGAGCCAAAAUAUUGGAAGUACAUCAACUUUGUAGGACGGAUGGACUUUUUGGAUCGAGAUGGAAGACGGCUGCUUCAGCAAAUUGGUGCCUACGACAUCUAUGGUAGCAACGGAUGGGGGAAAUUUUCCAACAGUAGCAUGUUUGAUCAAGUGACUAAAACAGGGCAGUCUCAUACGACUGACUCCAACUCCAAGGUCUGGCAGUACUAUACACCUGAGACGGAACGCAUGGUCGAAGCACACUACGAGAAUGACUAUCGAUUAUUCCAAUUUCCGAGAACCCUGCUGACCAAGGAUUAUUCCACCUAUUUUGUUCAGCCAAAAGAUUCCGUAUGGAAUCAUGGAGAUUGGGACCAAUCUCCCAUUGUGGUAGAAAAGUACAAGUUGAUUUUCUUUACGACACCAAGAAUAGGGGCAUCUGUAUGGAAGAAAGCAUUUCGAAGAAUGGAGGGGUUUGACAAUUGGCAGGCCACGACGGCAGCACUUCCGCAUGACCCGAGUCAAAACGGAUUGAAGUAUUUGUAUAGCUAUGGUAUCGAAAAGGCGAGUGAAAUGAUGUCAAGCAAGGAGUGGACGAAAGCAAUCUUCCUUCGAAAUCCAAAGGACCGACUCAUGUCUGUGUACAAUCAGUACAAGAAGGAACCUCAUCAACUGAAGCAAUUGUGUUGUCCUGACGACGAUGGAUGCGAGCGAGCCACACAGAGUCUUCCGCGGUUUCUAAACAAGAUGCAAGAAUGUCAAGCGAGCCAUUGGAAUCCACAAACGCUUCGGAUGGAAGAGAAGUAUUGGGAACAAAUUAACUUUGUGGGUCACUUGGAAAAUGCAGCGUAUGACGCCAAGCUACUAUUGAAACGGAUUGGUGCAUGGGAAGACAUUGGGAGCAGUGGAUGGGGGUCAGAUGGAAAGGGCCAAAUAUUCACACCUUCAGGUAGAGAAUUUGAUUCCAUCCUAUCCGUCAUGUCCGAAUACACCCCUUCGGUGGAUCGGUUGGUGGAAUCAUACUACGAGAUGGACUAUCGAAACCAACGGUUCAAGUUUCCUCCAGUUCCGCACGUUUUGCUCGCUGGGAAGAAAUCAUAA